UGGUUGUUGUAUAACUUCCGUCUCGCACCGAUGACGUCACGCGGCGCCACGCCUCCUCGGUCGCGCUCUGGCUGACGCCACGCCUUCCUGUGUCGGGUGAUCUGGAUUGGGACUGUCAGGACCCCAGCGGUGGCCGGCGGAAACGGGCAUGGAGUCGCCCCCGCCCACCAUGAUAGAGGGGCUCGGAGAUGAGGUGACUGUUGUAGUGGGGAUUUUUAUUUUGCUGCUAGCACUAGUUUUGGCAUGGCUGUCUACUUAUGUGGCCGAAGGCAAUGAUCCUCUGCUUGGAAGUCUGAUACCCACCGGACGUAGAGAACCUCUUCUAGGCCUCAGCAACCCUGUGCCUCCAAGUCCAGAACCACCAAGAGCUGUGGAGCCUCAAGUAGAGAAACCAGAAGAAGGGGAACAAGGCCAAGGAGGUGAGCAAGAUACAGACACUGAGAACGCCACCCUUGAUCAGAUGCUGGAUAUCCAAGGAGUGCCUAAGCGAGGUCAGCCAGCGCCCCCCACAGGUGAAGAGGAGGAAGUGCUGGAUGCAGGAGACGCUGCAGGUCAGGAGGCCUCUCAGGAAGUAGCUAGCAGUAAAGGUCCGGAAGAAGAUGAAGGUAAAGAGCAGGAUUCCGGUAUCCCGCAGCGAAGUAUAGGCAGAGAUCACGAAUGGAGGAAGAAGGCCGGCACAGUCCAGGAGCAGACUCAGCCCGAAGAAGGAAUGAUCACGGUCAGGCUUAAGUUCCUGAAUGAAACUGAAGAACUGGCUUUGGUGAGGCCAGAUGACACCAUUGGGACAUUGAAAAGCAAAUACUUCCCUGGUCAGGAGCCACAGAUGAAGCUCAUCUUCCAGGGACAGCUUCUCCACGACUCCACCCAGACCUUGCGCUCCCUCCAUAUCACAGACAACUGUGUCAUCCACUGCCACCGUUCUCAGGCCACCGUCUCCUCCUCCCCUGUAGGACCUGAAUCGGGAGGGACUUCCCAGGAGCACGCUGGCCUCACACCGCCCAUCGGGAACCUGAUGAUACCAGUCUUUGUGGUCAUGUUGGCUCUGAUCUGGUAUUUCCGAAUCAAUUACCGUCAGUUUUUUACGGCUCCAGCCACUGUCUCCUUGGUGGGGGUCACUGUAUUUUUCAGCUUUUUGGUCUUCGGCAUGUAUGGACGAUAAGAGAGAGACAGGGCAAUGAGGGUACAGGAACAUUGGACUGUGGGGUAGAAUGGGAUGAACCAAGAAAGCCUCUGGUAUGUAUUGUGUAUCAGGUCACCAGUACCUUAAUCAGACCUAAUCUGUCGGUACUGAGUAUGAUUUUAUGCAGUAUAAAUUUGUUGUGCGGUAUCAGAUAUGCCUAUUGUCAUGGUGCCCCGAUCUAUCCCUAAAGGCCUUGUGUAACAAGUCCAUAUUAUGCCAUACAGCAUCACCCUACAACCUUUAAGACGCAAUGCGGGCAUUGAGGUCAUCACUGUACUUUAAGGAACAAGGUUUUCUAUCUAGCAGGCAUUGUCCCCAUGACACCACCUCCAGAAGGAAGGCAUUAGGAGUAGAGCCACUGUAAAGGUGCAAUAUACCACAAUCUAUUACUGUGUGCCACCUAAAGAGUCACAUUAGACCGUAAUCCUUGGCCCUCACAUGUGAUCUUUCAGAAGACCUUUUUUUCACACCUUGAAAAUUCGGAUGAUGCAUGUGUAAGUCGCGCAAACCACAGGUUUUGGGGAUUGUGUGCAUGUUGUGAUGCACUAUUUUAGGACCCACACAGGUUUUAUUUAAGCAGAAUCUGCACCUCAUCUCAUUGAGAAGAACGUCUUAUAAAAUCUGGGAGGAUAACUAAAGGCAUUACACCCCCUGACAGUAGUCCUGAUCAUCGGUGAGGACCCACCUGUCCUUCAGGGAUUCGGCUAACACCAGGAGGACUUCUACAUCUUCUUGAACUUGGUAACACAGUCCUGAAGUCCAUCUAUGAGUUGUCUUACAAUCCGAUCUUGUAAUUAUUUAUCUGUUCUUUUUUUUGUUGAUGGAGUGAAAACCGGUGAGACCCGUAGAUGUUUCCACCAUGGACGAGACAUUAGACACAAGAGCUUUGCUGAUGAAAAGGUUGCAUCGCCCCCUGACUCACGAUUCUGGGGAGGACGGGGGUGAUGAUUUCCAUCCUAUUUUAAAUAUGAAUCUAAACGGUUAAUAUAUGAAUGAAUAAAAUAAUUUUGCUUCUUCAUGAACUGGA